AUGUCUGACGAAAUCAAGAAAGUCGACGAAAUCGUCGCUGAAGAGAAGGCUCCAGAAGUUCCAACUUCUGAGCCACCAGUCGACACUCCAGCAGCUCCAGUCGCUGCCGAGGAAGCUCCAAAGGUUGCUGAAGAAGGUGUAGCUGCUGCUGACGCUACCGCUGCUCCAGCUGAAGGAGACGCCGCCGCCGCAGCUCCAGAAGAGAAGAAGAAGUCUGGAGGUGUUGCUCGUCGCUUCACUUUCAACAAGAGAUGGGGAAAGCAUCGUGAUGCGGAGGCUGCUACUCCAAAGGAGCCAGAAGCACCAAAGGAUCCAAAGGAGGAUGUUCUCGGAUGGAUUGCUCAGCAAAUCCCUCAAGCUGUUCAUAAGGCUAACUUCCAAGUCAUCGACUGGGUCCAAAAGACCGCUAUCCCAGAGGAGGGAGAUCGCAAGACCAUCCCAGGAAAGGAUCAAGCCACCACUCGCAACCAAUUCCUCGGAUUCUUCAAGGAUGGUGAUGUUCUCGUCAAGUUGGCCAACGCUCUUCAGCCAGGAGCCGUCGAAGUCGCCACUGCCGAGGAGAACGCCGACGCUGCCGCUCAAAAAGAGGUCCAGAAGAAGAACAUCGACGCUUUCGGAACCUGGGCUCAACAGGCUCUUGGAACUGAGACUGCUCCAGUCACCAGUGAUGAUCUUCUUGAGAAGGGAAAGGCUGGAUACUCGGCUGUCUUCCAGACUCUCUGGCAACUCGGAGUCGGAGCCAAGGAAAAGUUCGACAAGGAAGGAUUCAAUGUCGACACUAUUGUUCAAUUGGCUAACAGUGUUGUGAAGAGUGGACUCUUGAACACUAUUCUUGGCUUCUUCAGAAGAAGCCGUCAAUCCACCGCUGCCGUCGACGAGCCAAAGGACGACGCCGCCGCCGCUGCUGCCGGAGAAGGAGAGGCCGCCAAAGAGGAGGGAGCUACCGGAGAGGUUACAGAUACCGCUGAUGAGCCAGUUGCUGUGAAACAAGAGACAAGUGCACCGGCCGCUGUCGCUGCCAACUAG